AGCUCCUUACCUUAGUAACCAAGCUACGGACCACUCUCUGAUCUUACAUAUCUCCCUGCGAACCUGCUCAUACAUUCAUUUGGCUUGUUGUUCUUCUACAAAGUCAUUGAAAAUCUUCAAUAUGGCUAGUGUGGCUCAGGAAGCUGCCGGCGGCUACGAAGACGCACGAUGGAAAUACCUCGACCAAAUCCGCCGUAACGCAGGACCAUAUACCGAUCCCGAUGCUACUGCGCCGGAGUUUCUGGCGCAGUUUGAAACGUUCAAAGUUCUUGUCAUCGGCGCAGGAGGCCUAGGAUGUGAAAUUCUCAAGAAUCUUGCCAUGUCUAGAUUCAGGAACAUCCACGUAAUAGACAUGGAUACCAUCGAUAUUUCCAACCUCAACCGCCAGUUCUUAUUCCGAAAAGAUGAUGUUGGCAAAUACAAAGCAGAGGUUGCCGCUACUUUCGUCCAGAAGAGAGUUAAGGGCGUCUCCAUCACAGCUCACAACAACCGUAUCCAGGACUUCGACGAGGAGUUUUACAAGCAGUUCCAGCUUGUAAUUUGCGGGCUAGACAGCAUCGAGGCCCGCCGUUGGAUCAACGCCAUGCUUGUUUCUAUUGCCGAAGAAGCUGAAGACCCCGAUGCGAUAAAGCCCCUCAUUGAUGGUGGCACUGAAGGUUUCAAGGGACAGGCGCGAGUCAUCCUCCCAUCUAUGACAUCCUGCAUUGAGUGCCAGCUGGAUAUGCACGCCCCGCGCGCCGCUGUUCCUCUGUGUACUAUCGCCUCAAUCCCACGACAACCCGAGCACUGCAUCGAAUGGGCCCACGUUAUUGCUUGGGAGCAAGAAAAGCCAUUCCCGAAGCUCGAUAAGGAUGACCCAGAGCAUGUAACCUGGCUAUUCCAAAAAGCACUUACUCGUGCGGAAGAGUUCGGCAUCCCUGGUGUCACUUAUUCGUUAACGCAAGGAACCAUCAAGAACAUUAUUCCGGCGAUUGCAUCUACCAAUGCUAUCAUCGCCGCUGCAUGCUGCAACGAGGCUUUUAAAAUCGCGACAACCUCUGCCCCUUGUCUUGGAUUCGACACAAACUAUAUGAUGUACUCUGGCAAUGAUAGCAUCUAUACAUACACCUUCAAGCAUGAGAAGAAGGACGACUGCCCUGUCUGUGGACGCCAGGCUCGCCCUCUUGAAGUCAAUCCCAGAUCCACUCUGCAGGAGUUAAUCGACUCAUUCGCGAUUCGCCCUGAAGCGCAAUUAAAGAAGCCAUCGAUCCGUGCCGAAGGAAAGACUCUAUACAUGCAAUCUCCUCCAGGCUUGGAGGAGCAGACGCGCCCGAACCUGAGUAAGACCCUCACAGAGCUUGGGCUCGAAGACGGACAACAGGUUGUUGUCACUGAUCCUGCGUUCCCCCUUGAAUUCAACUUUUACUUCAAGUUCAAGACAAGUUCUUGAUUCUCAGUCAAGUGGUCAGUAAGGGGCGUUCGGGCUUUUGGGCAUCUUUAGGCGUUGGAUUAAUAAAUGAGAGGUAUAUGAUGACGACUCAAAAAUACUAGAAGAGUAUCCUUUUUAGAGGGCAGAGAAGAAACGGGUGACGAGUAUUAUGAUGUGGUCAUGGUAUCAUUCCUUUUUAUCUAACCGUAGAGACCGCAGAAAACAAAUCAACCCAAAAAUUAUGAUACUGCGCCAAACAAGACCCGAAAUAUCCUUGCGAUGUAGUUGGCUACCUCGCCAUGUUGAUAACUUGCUGCUCAAGCUUCUUGCACUUGAGCUUAAGGUGCUUAACUGACUCGAGGAAAAGCUCAUCGCUAUCCCACUGCCCUGUGCUCUCGAUGGAGAAGAUAAAAUGAUCUCGCCUUCGGCCAAGCUUCACCUUGCCCUCGAACUCCUUGUGUCGUAGAGCCUCUCGGCUGACAGUAUCCUUCAUUGCAUCAACGACCACGGCCUUGGUCUCGCCCUCCUGGCCCUCAUAACCGCUACCAGCCUGAGCAGCUUCCUCGGCCGUAACCUUUUCGAGGCCGAUGACACCCUUGGGGAAGCACUUGGCAAACUUUUCGGCGUCAGCGCCCAAGAUAGGCUUGGUAAUGGUAAUGGUAGGUAGGAGACGGUAGGAGGCUGUCGCGACAGGAGAGAACUUGGCGUGAUCGGAUCCAAUUCCCUUGUGCAUAUGCAUGGCGAGGUUAAUGGUCUGUCGGGGUCGCAGCUUGGCGAUCAAGAUGUCUGGGUUCGUGGGCGCAAUGGCGUCCUCGCCGCUGAAGUACUCGACCUGCUUGCCAGUAGGGACGAAGACGAUGUCGCGCGCAUAAACGUGGGCGUUAUGGUAAGCUUUGAGAGGGUCGUUCUCAGCGGGCGAAGCAUCCUCAUUGACGGUGCAUGUCACGUUAAGCUCGAGGCGGACCGUGUUCCAGUCGAAGCAGCCGGCAUAAGGGUCCUCGCCAGCCUCUGGCUUCUUGUGCCACUUGAGGAAGUUGUGCAGACCCUCACGGCCACCCUUGAAUGGGAUGAGUCCAAGACGAUGCGCGAGAACCUCGUCUUGAAUGACAGAGGUGUUGUUCUCGAUAUAAACGUUCUCGAUAGCGAGGGUGGGGAUCUCGG